AUGGGAAUGAGCUACGGCGAAGUAGCUGCUGUUCGUUUUGCUCUGCAUGACAAUAAGCGCCCCCGUGCGCUUUAUGCAAGUUCACAGUAUCUGGAUUUGUUUGCCGAAAAAGCAGAGCGUCUAGGCGUAGAUCGAAAAGCUUUCGCAAAAAACUUUACGAAAGUUGAUGGCGCACAGUUACGACAUCUGUCCGCUGGAUUUUCACGCGAAUUUAUUGAUUAUUUCAAUCAUCGCGAGAAUGUUGUUUUGCCAGAGGCAGCAAAAAAGCUAGAAGAUAUGAAGCAUUCGGUCGAGGAAUUACGCCAAGAGAGACAGAAAUUGGAGGAACUAUUGCUCGGGGAUUCCUUAGCCAAUGAGUCCAAAAUACUGGCAGAAUGGUACGAUACUCUGCAUGCGUUGGGGAUAAAAAAGAUAAAAAAACCGAUUGCACUGGAUGACCACAAACCAAAGUAUCAUUUACGUUUCAAGAAUCUGUCUUAUUUCUGA